AUGAAGCUGUUGGGGCGCAGGGGUCUAUCGCUGGAGUCGGCGAUUCACGACAUCGAGGCGCGCGAGGAGGAUCACGAGGAUCACGAGGAGGAUCACGAGCAGGAUCACGAGCAGGAUCAAGAGGAGGAGGAGGAUCACGAGGACGAUGAGGACGAGGAAGAAGAGAACAAGGACGACGACGAGGAGGUCGGCGGGGAUGGGUUCAUCGACGCGGCGCUGCUCGAGGCUGGCGAGUCACUCGCGGAGGAAAAGACGGGAAGUUCCGGCGACGGCGCGCGCGAGCGUCGUCGUCGUCGGCGGCGGCGUCGGCCGAGGUUGAGUCGACCCGACGGCGACCGAAAGCCCCCGCCGCUCUCCGCGCUGCGGUCCGAGGCGCUCGCGCCGCCCACCGCGGGGGACGCGCGGAGGCACGCCGUCGCGCGCGACUUCCUCCGCGAGUGCGCCUCCCUCGGCGUCGACGUUCGGUACAUGUGCGAACGCGAGCUCGUGCGCGGCGGAGGCUGGGCCGCGACGGAGUGCCUCCUCGCGUUGACGCUCGCGGCGACGACGCGACUGGACGUUCGCCCGAGGCGGUGCGAAGCGCGGGCGCCGGAGGGGCCGCCGGGGGGUGUUCCGUGCGAGACGAUCGAUCCACCGCCCGAGGAGAUUGAGGAAGAAACCGGAUGGGACGCCGGCGGCGAGGGCCGGGUCGGCGACGGCUCCGACGACGACGACGAAUUUCAUCGCGAUUUGGGCUUUUCUUCGCCGGGCGGCGGCGGCCUCGACGAGACGCGCGCGCCCAUCGAACCCUCCGUCGACCCGCGCGCGUGGCGCGCGGAGGCUGAGCGCCUCGCCCCGGAGCUCGUCCGGGUGGGCCACGCGGCGCGACGCGAUUGGACGUCGAGGCUGGACGCCGCGCGUUUGGCCGCUUCGAACUUUGCGAACUUUGCGAACUUUGCCGAACUGGGCGCCCUCGUCCAAUCGAUGCGCCGCGACCUCCGGGACAUCGACGCGUACGAGUCGCGUUUGCUCGAGCGCCUCGACGCCGCUCGCGGCGCUCACCCGGCCGACCCGGUGCGACGCGAGGAGGAGACGCGCGAAGAGACGGUGGACGGGACGGGGAAGCGGGGCGGCGUCGUCGAAGAGUACGCCGCGUCGGUGCGAGCCGCGCGAGAAUCGUCGGCUCGACGUCGCGAGUCCCUCGCCGCGAUCGAGAGCGCGAUUCGUUCGACGCGCGUCGCCGAGGAGGAGGCGCGUGGGCGCGAGCGCGUCGGGGCGGCGAGGUGUCGCGAGAUGAGGCGGACGAUGGAGGCGAUGCGUUUGGAGAUGAGGGAGAUGGAUACUCGCGUCGAGGUGGCGCGGUCGCGAGUCGCGUGGGCGAGGCGGACGAGACGCUGA